AUGACAGAUCUUGACGCGUACAUCUCGCGCUACGGCGGCUACACCAAGCUCCGACGGCUGGACUGGAUAGCGCAGAGAUGUCCCGCGCUGGCCCCGGACUGUUACCGCGCGGCGCUGACUCUCCUGCGCCAGGGCAUCAACACCCAGAGCUACCGAGACAUCUCGACCCGGGCUGUUGUGCUUAUGGGCCCCGAGCACGCCGUGGACACGGAGUGGGCUGAGCAGGUGGACCGACGGUAUCAGCAGUCGGUCGACAGGCUGGAGGCUGAGCUCAACUCGUACAAGAUAAAUCUCAUCAAGGAGAGCAUUCGCAUGGGGUACAACGAGCUUGGGGACCUCUCCUAUCGGAGAGGAGACCUGAAGCAGGCGUUGAAGUGCUACGCGAGGACUAGGGACUACUGCACCACCAACCGACACUCGGCCGAGAUGUGUCUCCACGUCAUAGAGAUCAGCGCAGACAUGGGCAACUUCAUCCACGUGAACAACUACGUUUUGAGGGCCGAGCACACACCGGACCUAGACUCGGUCGUGAAGGCAAAGCUAAGGGCGGCCGCCGGCCUGGUGCACUUGGAUCAGAGGGAGUACGCGAAGGCCGCAAGAAAGUUCGUGGAUGUAGCGCCGGAGCUCGGGUCGAGCUUCGACGGGGUGGUGGCGCCCGAGGAUAUUGCCGUGUACGGCGGUCUGUGCGCGCUGGCGACCUUCUCCCGGGAAGAGAUGCGGCAGCGGGUGCUGGACAACGCCUCCUUCAAGAACUUCCUCGACCUCGUGCCGCAGGUGAGGGAGCUGACGAACGACUUCGCCAACAGCCGCUACCGAUCCUGCCUCAAGUACCUGGCCGACCUGAAGGGGGACCUGCAGCUAGACCUACACCUGCACAGGCACCUCGACACCCUGUACAAGAUGGUGGAGGACAAAUGCCUCAUGCAGUACUUCUCUCCCUACAGCUCGGUGCGACUCGGGGCAAUGUCGGAGGCGUUUGGGAUAGAGGUGCCGGAGCUGGAGAAAAAGGUGGCCGCCCUAGUGAUCUCCAACCAGAUCUCGGCGAGGAUCGACAGCACAAACGCGACCCUGCACGCCAAGCACACCGAGCAGCGGGGCAUCAGCUUCCGAAAGAUGCACGAGAUGGGAGAAUUGUACCAGAGAGAGCUACGGCUGAUGCUGGUGAGGAUGAGCUGCAUGGAGCACGACUUUGUCGUGCGCGGCAGCCGGAGCAUGACCUCCUCCUCCCUCUCGACGACCGGCGUGCUAGAGGAGCCGUCCUCCAUGGCAGGGUUGGGCUUGUUCGGGGCCAUGGGCGGCGGUGGGGGCGGGAGCGGGGUCGGCGGUGGCGACGAGGAUGCGGGAGCGGCGGCGGCGGUGGCGGCGGUAGCCGCGGCGGAGGCGGCAGCGGCGGCGGAAGGGGGGGGUGGGAGCGGAGUGGUGGUCGCUCCUGCUGCGACAGAGGCGGGUGCCGGCACACAGGAGUAGGAAGGAACUAUUGGCCAUCGGUGAUCGGUCCUGUGGGAACAAUGCUCCGUCCUCUCGAGGACGCGUGGUCAAUGGUCUAACCGCUGAGGCAUGCAAAACAUAAGAGUACGCCCCCCC